UCUGACGGAAACUGAACGUCCAGCACCUUCUGCGCUCUAAUUGUGUUCAGUGAGCUGCGAGACUCUCAGCUCAGCAAACAGCAGUCGCUCGGCAUCAGCAGAAGGCCUCACAGGUUUGGUGCUCAUUUCCAUCUCCUGGGGUUUUAUCGUCUCCUCCGCUGUUCUGAUAAUUUUGUUUUACCGUCGACUGAUUUUGUUCUUCAAGCAAAACAACCAAAUGGGUUCAUGGGAUGUCUUGAAAUGCCUGUAACUCCUCCUACACUUGGAGGAGUGUGGGAGGACAGCCUUUGAAAUGUCAUCCUUCAGGAAGUUUAAAUACCACAAACAGGUUUCAUCUGAUCAGAAUCAAAACUGUCUGGACCGACAAGUACAGCAGAUACUAUACCUGGAACCACCUGACAUACUGAAACCAUGGCAACGGUAUCCAGCAGCUCGCUGCUCAACAAGGCGGUCCGGCAGCAGUACAUGAACCUGCCUCAGGGCGGGAAGUGCCAGGUCACCUACAUCUGGGUGGACGGCACCGGAGAGGGGCUGCGCAACAAGACCAGAACCCUGGACUCAGAACCAACCAGCAUCGAAGAAAUCCCAGAGUGGAACUUCGACGGGUCGAGCACCUACCAGUCCGAAGGCUCCAACAGCGACAUGUAUCUCAUCCCAGUCCGCAUGUUCAGGGAUCCCUUCACCCUUGACCCCAAUAAACUCGUCCUCUGUGAGGUCCUCAAAUACAACCGCCUUCCUGCUGAAACCAACCAUCGCCACAGCUGCAACAAAGUGAUGCAGCAGGUGAAGAAGCACUGCUUGUGGUUCGGCAUGGAGCAGGAAUACACCCUGCUGGGGACAGACGGACAUCCGUUCAGCUGGCCUCAAAAAGGAUUCCCAGCACCACAAGGCCCGUAUUACUGCAGCGUCGGAGCGAACAACGCGUACGGACGGGACGUCGUGGAGUGUCACUACAAGGCCUGCCUCUACGCCGGCAUCCAGAUCUACGGCACCAACGCUGAAGUCAUGCCGUCUCAGUGGGAGUUCCAGGUGGGUCCCUGUGAAGGCAUUGAGAUGGGCGACCAUCUUUGGGUGGCGCGCUUCCUGCUGCAUCGUGUGUGUGAAGACUUCGGGGUCAUCGCCACCCUCGACCCCAAACCGAUGACAGGCAACUGGAACGGCGCUGGGUGCCACAUCAACGUCAGCUCCCGGCAGAUGAGGGAAGAAGAAGGACUGCAGUACAUUGAGCAGGCCAUUAGCAAGCUGAGCAAAAAGCACAAGCGGCACAUCGAGGUGUACGACCCGCACGGCGGAAAGGACAACAUGCGGCGCCUCACGGGUCUGCACGAAACCUCCAGCAUCCACGACUUCUCCGCCGGCGUGGCCAACCGCGGCGCCAGCAUCCGCAUCCCGCGGCAGGUGGGCAAGGACAAGCGGGGCUACUUCGAGGACCGCCGCCCUGCAGCGAACUGCGACCCCUACGCAGUUACCAUGGCGAUCGCUCAAACCUGCUUCCUCGAUCCGACGGAAGAAGAGAGCAAGAAGGAGGAGUUGGCUUAGGCUGCGUUCACACUGCAGAGUGAAGUGACACAAAUAUGACUGUUUUCUGACUUACGGGUGUUCAAAGUGCGGCGCGUGGGCCAUUUAUGGCCCACGAGCUGGUUUUGUGCAGCGCCAAUUUGCAUAAAAAAAAUUAUACAAAUUUGGCUGAUAGAUGCAGACGGAGACUUUUAAUUUGUUAUAAGAGUAAAAUGAUUAAGGAUAUAAUUAUAAAAUUGAUUAAGGAUUUUAUAUAUGAUUAAAUCCUAUAUAAGGAUAGAAACACAAAGUGUUUCUGUUUUUAACAAACCAUGUUUGCCUACAGACUUCUACUGAAAAGACAACCAAAUUACCUUAAAUUUAAUUAAGGAAUGCACGAUACAUCGACAUCAAUAUCAGUAUCAGCCGAUCUCAGUCAUAUUGAUAUCGGUCUGAUCAAUAAACAACCAAUAUUUACUUUUAUCUGUUUCUGGUUGGGAGUUUUUUCCAAAGGUGUCGGAACAGAAGUGAAAUGUAUAUUAUAUUGUUAUCAAUAUUAAAAGAAAUAUUGAUAUCCGAUAUCUAUAUCGGCCUAAACUUUUGUAUCGGUGCAUUCCUAAUUUAAUUCAUUAAACUUGACGAAAAAUAGCAAACGUUUUGAAAAUAAAUCACCCAAAUCUUGUUCUUAUUACUGGAAAUACAUUCAUUCAAUCAAGCCGAAACAAAACGGGAAAUUAGAUGAUUUUCUUUAAAUACAGCAAACAUGAAAAUCCACGAUGGCGCAUUAGGAAUAAAGGAAGAGAACGUUUCCAAAACAAAAACUUUGAGAUUUUGAGAGUAAUCUGAGAAAUUUUCUACAAAAAGCUUGGAAAUCUUGAAGUUCUCAAACUCAGAUUCAAAAAAGUUGAAAGCUUUUGACAUUUUUUUCUUGAGCCAAUUUUUAUUUUUUUGUAAUUUUUAGCAAAUUUGAAACUUUUGAAAUUAAGAAAAUAUCCAAAAGUUUGAGAUUUCUAGGAAAUUUCUCAUAUUUAUCUCAAAAUCUAUGAAAAAUUUUGUCUAACAAAUUUGCAACUUUUCCUCCGGUUUUUCCAGAAUGUUUCUGAAAAUUUUCUCCCUUUCUUGUUUGUUUUCUAAAAUAAACAAAGAGAUUUUUACGCCAUCGUAAAAAUCUCUUUCUAGUUUUGGGUCUAUAAUAAAUAUUAUUUUCCAUCCAUCCAUUCUCUUCGGGUCGUGGGGGAAGCAGAUUCAAAAUUUUUUUUGCUUAAUUUUAGGUUGUUGGGUUUUAUCUUAAAAAACAAAACGUUUUUUUUAAGAUCGGGCUUUUAAUGUUUAUCUGUCACAUAAAAUCUCAUUAAAAUGAAUUGAAUUUUAUCAUAAUGAUAAAAUCUGAAAAAACUAAAAGCUGCGAAUGCAUUUAGAAAAUUAUGUCAGGCAAAACGAUGCAAACACUAAACAUGUUUAAACUGACCCCAAAUAGACAAAAACAGUGAAAAAGAGGCGCGAAAUAAAAAUAAAAUAGUAACAAAUUUCAUCUAAACAAAAGGAAAAAGCUUGAUGGUGGCAAAAAUGUACAAAAAUCCAACAGAACCUACAGAAUAAUAAUCAGAAAAAGAAAACAAACGCAGUAGGAAAACAUGGAACAUGCAAAAUAACUAAACGUAAUGCAAAUGAUUCAUAAAGAGGAUCUGAUAAAGAUGCAAACCGAAAGGUCAUGCAAAGUGGAUUUGAAUGGACACAAUGAGAAACAGAUGAGAAAGAGUAGGAAUGUAAACAGAAUUGGAUUUAUUGUUGUUUUAGUGUCUUUGCCUGUAAGCAGCCAUUUUUGUUUUAAAUGUAAACGGUAAUCGUAGAAGAAGAGCUUGAAUGAGAUGUUUGUGUUUGUAUUACUGUCACAAAAUAAGUGUUCAUGUGUUAAACUUUAUGUUUUCCUGUCUGAAGUGGGUUAAAAGUGAGUUGGUUAUUAUUUUGUUUCUUUGUCUCUGUACAAAACAAAUAGGGAUCCAUAAAAAGUCUGGUUAAAGUUGUUUUUUAGGUGUUGGUUACUCCAAAUGUUCUGGAGUAUGGGGAAAAAACUAACUGCACCCUAACUGCUUCAUCUCGCACAAUAUAAAGAAAACAGUAAAUAAAAAAAUCAAGAUAUUGCAAGU